CCACAGAUAGGCAGAGCGCACACCGAGCGGCGCCAUGCACUACCCUCAGACCGACAGCUAGCCACCCGCAGAAAUGCCUCCCGAGGACCCAGCCCGAAAUGCUCGGCCCAGGGAACACGUUGUCGUAUUAUUUCACUGAUAAGACAUGUGAAGAGAGCGUCAGUGUGAUAAAAUGGCGAGGUAUUGAGUGCUACUUUUCCGUCUCGCUCGGUGUAGCGUGGCAGAGGCAGUGGAUCGUUUCCAAAGUUGUCGGUUAGCAGGGCGCGUGUGAAGGAUCGGAAUUAAAGGCGCAGCGCACCCGUUGUAGCCGCAAACAUGGAGAAGCAGCAGAGCGAUUUGGAGCGAGAGCGACAGUACUGUGAACUUUGUGGGAAAAUGGAGAACCUCCUCAAGUGUGGUAGGUGCCGGAGCUCCUUCUACUGCAGCAAGGAGCACCAGAAACAGCACUGGAAGAAGCACAAGCUCAUUUGCAAGGAGGCGGACAAGGCGCAGGUUCCCAAACAGACGCCCGAGCCGACUCCGCCGUCGGGGGACCACAAGGGACCGGAGAAACCGCGAGAAAAGAUCAGCCCCGAGGAGGCGGACAGCGCAUCUCCACCACGAAACACCAACACAGAAGCACCUGAGGUCAGCGACAGACCGGGAGAGGACGGCUCCAAAGACACCGCCACACCUAACGGACAAACCAGCUCAUCGCCUCAGAAACUCGCCACGGAAUACAUCGUCCCGUGUAUGAACAAGCACGGCAUCUGCGUGGUGGACAACUUUUUAGGAGCGGAGACGGGGCUGGGCAUCUUGGAGAAUGUCAAAGCCCUGCACAAAACGGGCAAGUUCACAGACGGACAGCUAGUCAGUCAAAAAGGCGACUCCACGAAAGACAUCCGAGGUGACAAAAUCACGUGGAUAGAGGGGAGGGAGGCCGGCUGCGAGAAGAUCCGCUUUCUAAUGAGUCGCAUGGACGACCUGAUCAGACAUUGUAACGGCAAACUGGGAAACUACACAAUAAAUGGAAGAACGAAAGCAAUGGUGGCGUGUUACCCCGGAAACGGGACAGGAUAUGUGCGGCAUGUGGAUAACCCCAAUGGUGAUGGGCGAUGUGUCACAUGCAUUUAUUACCUUAAUAAGGAUUGGACUGCCAAGGAACACGGUGGCCUUCUCCGAAUCUUCCCAGAAGGAAAGGCCCAGUUCGCCGACAUAGAGCCCAAAUUUGACCGUCUGUUGCUGUUCUGGUCAGACAGACGGAACCCUCACGAGGUUCAGCCCGCCUUCGCCACCAGGUAUGCCAUCACGGUGUGGUAUUUCGAUGCAGAUGAGCGGGCCAAAGCUAAAGAAAAGUACUUAACAGGUGCAGGAGAAAAAGGUGUAAAGGUUGAACUCGGCAAACCAUCAGAUCCCAGCUAGUGGGGAUCCUGCACCCCCCGACAAACAGCCAUUAAGUGCUCUGUCCCAAGAAAGUGGCCUAUAGAGAGCAUGUGUGUGUGUGUGUUUUACAUGGCAAAAACAGCAGACUUUUGCGUGAGUGGGUGGAAGAUCCAUGUUUAUGGAGACAAAACAAAUACACAGUGAUUUCUGUUCAUUUUCAGCAUACUGGGGCAACCCAGCGGACCUUGAAUGUCAUGACAUUGUACUGAAAGGGAUUGUGUGGAUUUUAUUUUUUUUCCUUUCACCUCUUCGGUGGAGAACACUCUUACAUUACAGCAGAUGUCUUCAUAAAAUCACUUCAAACAGGAAUUAAGCUCAGAGAAUCUACAUCUUUUGCAUAUUUGUUUUUUUGCAGUUAAUUCUUUAAAGGUACAGUGUUCUGCAUAUGCUUAAUGUGUUAUGCUUUUCACAUGGAAUCAGCUGUAAGCUACUGUAUGGCGAAAUGUGCUUGUUGGCAAUAAUAUGAGGAAUGAUCUGAAUUAAACAAACACCCUUUUUCUGACAGAAA